AUGGUUCAUUUUACUGUUUAUUACGGCAACAAUGAGGCGAUUACCUUCAAUGCGGAGUGUUCUUUGGGUUCUCUGCUGUGCAAUAUGCGAGAGCGGCUGAUGCCACCGGGUGCGUCGUACCCAUGCUUUGAGCUUCUUCCGCUUUCUUUUGUUCUGGAGCAGUUCAGGCCACCGAAGGUGGCGAAUUCCGCUGCGGCUUCUGCCACUCAACAUCAUGAUGGCGGCGGGGAUUCGCCAGUUGUGACGGGGCGGGGCGCGCCCUUCACGGGGACUUUUCCAUUCAUGGGGGUACCCACUCGGCCACUCGAAACUCGUGCUGAUACAUUUCUCGGUGGUCCCACCUCCGGAUCCCCAACGCCAUCUUCAGCAGCUAGUGCAAGUAACGGCUUUGCCGGGUUGCUUAACCCUACAGCCCUUUCUUCACUGCAUGAAAGCUAUGUUCUUCUCGGUUGCCGCUCUGACCCACCAGCUUGGCAGCACUCGGAGCGUGGUGGUCAGCAGAACUCAAAACGUGGCGCAACGGUUAGUAUUGCGGAUGGACCUCCGGAUUCAAGGCGCGUGCCUAUUGAGGUGUUUAAACGUCUGGGCACUGCGGACGCAACAACGAUGGAGCAACGGCAGACUACUCUUCAACACGCACAACUGAUAGCUGCGCUACCGCUGCAGGGCGGUAAUUCCGCAACACGAGCUCCAACGCCGCCGCCAUCUCAUCUGCAGACAAGUGCGGAUACGCCACUGAUAUUGGCCCAAAACGCAGGAAUAUAUGCGGGGGAUAUCACCGUUGCGUCCUGGCGGAAGGCGUUCAGUCAAUACCUUUCUACGAUUUUAGAAGUUCCCUCCAGCGGCAGUGUUAUGGAGGAGCGCUUGACGGUGACUGACAGCUGUGUAGAAGUUGAAGAAACAAUGAAAGGGUCUGAAGAGGGGAAAUGUGGAAUAAAACUUCCUCCUGCAGCCGCUGGCGCCUUUAUGACUCCUGUACCGUUAGUUACAGGUUAUGACGUGCUAUGGUGUGGUUUGCGUGGGGAGCAUGUUAGAUUACAGGAGGCGCUAGAUGAGCGGCUAUUUGCUGAUGUGGAUACGAAACGGAAGCGGUCAAAAAAGAAUUAG